AGUCGUUAGGUGUCUGCAGCUGACGAUUUGUUUUCUUCAACGUUUAACGCUACUUUUCUAACAAACAUGCAGAGCUGGCACGGAUUUAUAUAUCUGACUAAUUCAAACGUGAUAAAAAUCAUUAGUAUACUCAGGAAAAGUUUGGCUCGAUAAUCCACGAGAGAGUUAGAAUUUUAUUAGAACAAACGCUGCAUUGUUUAUAUGAGGUAUGCCGAAGACCUUGACUUCUUUCUUAUUGUGGAUACAAUUCAAAUGGUUUUAAUCUCGAUGUACAAUUGAAGAAAAGGUGUUCGGGAAUGAUUUCCAUUAAUGCCCCGUAAAGCCACAAAGACAGAGAAGCCUCCCCUGUUGUUUCUGGAGCGGCCUUUGUGUGGAGCCAGACUCCAAAAUGUGCCUGAAGUCCGAGCAGCACUCAACCCCAAAGAAUUUUUCCCAGAGACACAAGCAGACGACAGCCCAGCUCUUAAUUCCUGGGUGAGCCCACAAUUUGACAUUUCAGCUGCAACUGCACCUCCAGUGAGACGAGGAAGAAGAAAAUGCCAGUCUGCCACAAGCAUCCUUGACCGUUGCAGUCAGCUGUCCGGGAAAAAUAGCGUGUGCAAAUUCCCCUCAUUAUCGUUUCAGACAAGGUCGAGAGGCCAGUCUCAUCAACCAAAGAGUACACGCACAAAGAAGUCUGCCGAGUCUAAUGUCGUGUCUGACGCAGGAAAUCAACCACAGGGAUCAUGCCAAAUCAGAAGGGCACUGUCAAGCGCACAGUACUUGGAUACACCAAAGAGACGGUCGGCCCCAAUCAGAAAAAGGAAUGUGGAGAGAUUUUCUGAUGGUGCUGCAUCCUCCAGCAGGUGUGUGGAUCAACCUGAAACUCCAUCUAUUCAGGGGCAGAGAUGGAGAUUUCCAGCAGACGGUGCUUCGACACCUGCCUCCAGUGAGUUCAGCUGUGACGUCAGCAGUAUUGGUCCAGCACCUGACGUGGACACUCCGAAAGUAAUACAAGAAGCGAGCAGUUGUCCGCCCCCUCCCUCCGUGAACUUGCUACUGGCUCGGCCAUGUACACCGCCAUGUAAUCGGCCCCCUGACAUUUUGGUGGCUGACACACCAGAGAGGGAUUAUGGGUUGAAGGUGACAUGGAGGAGGAGGAGGGGUGUGAUGAUGUUGUUAAAGGAGAGGGGCUAUCUCUCUGACUCAGAUGCGCUAGUUCACAGCUGAUGUUGAGUUUUGGUAAAAAGAAGAUUAGACAAUGAUGCCAACAGAGAAGAAAAACGCACUAUUCAUUGGACCACUUCUGUUAUCAGAAUUCUCACUAUGAACUAAGCUAUUGAACUGAAUGGAAUAUCCACAUUCUAAAGUGAUAAUCACAUUUCAGUUCACCGACUGUUUUCUUCUUUUUUAGUUUUAUUGAACCUCAUGAUGAUAAGCCAAGGAUUGUAAUAAAAUAACUCUCUAGCCCACCCCGUCUGCUAAGCCCUGCUAGUUAUGAUUGUAAGAAUCAAAUCAAAUACUGAUGAACUGAAAAUGGCAGUUUAAUUACAGCAAUAUCCAAGGAGCAAACUUUUUCCAACUUUUGUCCAUCUUUUUUUGAGAAUGUGUUUCGAUAGAUUCCGGUUAUACUGUGCUGUUACAGAUUAUGUUGCAAAUCAGACGCAAUCCUUAUAUUAAAAAUCCAGUCCUGUCCUCUAGCAACACAAGCCUUUUGCUUGUUAUUUUUAUGCAUUUACGAUUAAAUAAUGAUAUAUGUUAAAAAAAGGCUCUGCUUACCUGGGCUGUAAAUGAUAUCCCAUUCCCAAAAUACAAAAAAAAAUAAACCAUAUAAUUGUAUCAUUGACAUGAAAUCUUGAGUCACUGGUUUAAUAAAACCAAGGAUGCUGCAGAGGGGUCAUUUUAGCACUUUUUGGUGAUUGUGAGAAAUGCUGUGUGGUGCAGAAACAUCUUGUCUUUCAACUAUGUUGCCAAAGAGAUGUGGAAUAAAAAUUCACGUGCAAAGAGAAAAGUAAAUUCUUCGAUUGUUCAGGAGGCAGCAGUUAUAUCUCUGCAACUAAAAACUAACGUAAAACAUUAGAACCUGCUUGAU